AUGCUUUUGUCAACAAAAUACAGCCUAUUACUGUUACUUAUAUUUAUUGUCGGUAUCGCAACUGUUGAUGCAGAGGGAGGAGCACCCUAUACACAUUAUGGAUAUGCUGCAAGAAUAGCAUCAUCAUGUUCUGGGGCUGUUUCAGCUACUGCUACAAUUUGCGAUCCAACUUCGCCAUAUGCAUAUUAUUGUUACUGUGUUGACCCUAAUGCAUUAGCUAUGGUUGCUGGAUGUUACCAUAUUCUUGACGAGACUUCGCCAGACUUUGUUAGUAAAUUGAGUGAAAACUGUAAAACAUUCGGAAUCUCCAUUACUUUGGACCAAUUUGAAGCAGCAUACAAGAAUUAUACUACCUUAGCUAAGGAUCCAGUCGAUAUCAAGGGAUUUAAUGCAACAGUUCCAAUCAACAUUCCUGUUAAGUUAAAUACAACAGUGGUUAAGUUAUAUGUUAAAGCAUAUGAUCAGUUCUUGGGUAAUUAUGAAAAUUCAUUGUAUUACGGUUCAGGUGUUCUUGGUUAUUGGGCACUUGUCUUCUUAAUUGUUACAGUUGUAAACUGGACCAAAAUAAUAUCCCCUGGGUUGGUAAAAACAUUCACAGGUCCAGUAUCUAACACAUGGAGAAAAUAUGUUACAUUACCAGCAGCUGCUAGCAAGAAUAAAACCAGUGAGAGACCUUUCUUAAAGGUUUUCGAUUUUUUAGUACCUUCAAGACUUGAGACAUUAAUUCUUGUAGGCUUUGUUGCAGUCACAAUAGCAUGUUGCAGCGCUAAUAUCAGGUACGUUCAAAAUGAUCCUAUUUUUGAAACAAGACGUCUCGCAAUCAUUCGUUAUGUUGCAGAUAGAACUGGUAUUGUCGUAUCAGUCAAUAUGCCAUUAUUGAUCUUGUUUGCCGGUC